AUGAAAGGGUCAGAUAGCUAUUAUCCUCCUCGAGAAGAGGAAACCAAUGAAAUUGAGCGACAGCAGGCACAAGUUCAUGACACCCACGUCCGGACAAGAUCGGAUGACAGCAACAGAAAUGAGGUCAUCAGCACACAGCAAAUGUCCCAAAUUGUUUCUUGUGAAGUAAGAUUACGAGACCAGUGCAAAGGGACAACCUGUAAUAGGUAUGAAUGUCCUGCUGGCUGUUUGGAUAGUAAAGCUAAAGUCAUUGGCAGUGUACAUUAUGAAAUGCAAUCCAGCAUCUGUAGAGCUGCCAUUCAUUAUGGUAUCAUAGACAAUGAGGGUGGUUGGGUUGAUAUCACCAGACAAGGAAGAAAACAUUAUUUCAUCAAGUCCAAUAGAAACGGUGUCCAAACAAUUGGCAAAUAUCAGUCUGCUAAUUCCUUCACAGUCUCUAAAGUAACAGUUCAGGCAGUGACUUGUGAAACUACUGUGGAACAGCUCUGUCCAUUUCAUAAGCCUGCUUCACAUUGCCCAAGAGUAUAUUGUCCUCGUAACUGUAUGCAGGCAAAUCCACAUUAUGCUCGUGUAAUUGGAUCUCGAAUUUACUCUGAUCUGUCCAGUAUCUGCAGAGCAGCAGUACAUGCUGGAGUGAUAUGCAUGCCUGUAAGCAAAAAUGUCUUCAGGAAACAAGAAUCUAGUGAGGGAGACAUAUUAAUUAGACAUAUUAAUUAUAAUCACACCAACAAGAAGGAAGGAAGGAAAUACCAUGUUGCAGGAACAUUCCAGGAACAGCAGCAGCAACAACAACAACAACAAAGGUCAGUAUGUUUUGAAGACAUAGAACAAAUGAUGUGUUAUAUGAGUCAGGACCAAAGUGGGGGAACAGAGAAGCCUGGAUAG